UCGCGCGAUGGCAGCGCUGGCGACAGUGGCCAAGAAGGUGUGGAGCGCGCGGCGGCUGCUCGUGCUGCUGUUGGCGCCGCUCGCGCUGCUGCCGGUGGUCUUCGCCCUCCCGCCCAAGGAAGGCCGCUGCCUGUUUGUCAUCCUGCUCAUGGCGGUGUACUGGUGCACAGAAGCCCUGCCCCUCUCGGUGACGGCCCUGCUGCCCAUCAUCCUCUUCCCCUUCUUGGGCAUUCUGCCCUCCAACAAAGUCUGCCCCCAGUACUUCCUGGACACCAACUUCCUCUUCCUCAGCGGGCUGAUCAUGGCCAGUGCCAUUGAGGAGUGGAACCUGCACCGGAGAAUCGCCCUCAAGAUCCUAAUGCUCGCUGGGGUCCAGCCAGCCAGGCUCAUCCUGGGGAUGAUGGUGACCACCUCCUUCCUGUCCAUGUGGCUGAGCAAUACUGCCUCCACCGCCAUGAUGCUGCCCAUCGCCAGUGCCAUCCUGAAAAGUCUCUUCAGCCAGAAGGAGGCUCAGAAAGACCUCAGCUGGCAGAGUGACGAGAACACAGCUGCUGUGCGGAGGAAUGGCCUACACCCCGUGCCCACGGAGAUGCAGUUUCUUGCCAGCACAGAAGAGACUUCAAGCAAAGACUGUCCCGAGGCUGAGGCUCCAUUGGACCUUCUGGCAGACUGCAAGAAGGAGGAGGAAUACCGCAGGAACAUCUGGAAGGGCUUCCUCAUCUCCAUCCCCUACUCGGCCAGCAUUGGGGGCACUGCGACCCUCACGGGCACGGCCCCCAACCUCAUCCUGCUUGGCCAGCUCAAAAGUUUCUUCCCACAGUGCGAUGUGGUGAAUUUCGGCUCCUGGUUCAUUUUCGCCUUCCCCCUCAUGGUGCUGUUCCUGUUGGUGGGCUGGCUGUGGAUCUCCUUCCUGUAUGGAGGAAUGACCCUGAGGGGCUGGAGGAAGAAGAAAUCUGAGAUCAAAAGUGUUGCAGAAGACAGGGCUCGAGCUGUGAUUCGGGAGGAAUUCCAGAACCUGGGGCCCAUCAAGUUUGCCGAACAGGCUGUGUUCACCCUUUUCUGCAUGUUCGCCAUCCUCCUCUUCUCCCGGGAUCCGAAGUUCAUCCCUGGCUGGGCCAGUUUCUUCACCCCUGGGUUUCUUUCUGAUGCUGUCACCGGAGUGGCCAUUGUCACCAUCUUGUUCUUCUUCCCAUCCCAAAGGCCCUCUUUCAAGUGGUGGUUUGACUUAAAAGCUUCCAACGCAGAGACAGAGCCCUUGCUGACGUGGAAAAAGGCCCAGGACACCGUGCCCUGGAACGUCAUCCUCCUCCUGGGCGGGGGCUUUGCCAUGGCCAAAGGCUGUGAGGAGUCGGGGCUGUCUGCCUGGAUCGGUGGCCAACUGCACCCCCUGGAGAACGUGCCGCCCGUGCUGGCUGUGCUGCUCAUCACUGUUGUCAUCGCCUUCUUCACCGAGUUUGCCAGCAACACAGCCACUAUCAUCAUCUUCCUGCCUGUCCUGGCAGAGCUGGCCAUCCGCCUGAGAGUGCACCCACUCUACUUAAUGGUUCCUGGCACAGUCGGCUGCUCCUACGCCUUCAUGCUCCCGGUCUCAACGCCCCCCAACUCCAUUGCCUUCGCCUCUGGACACUUGCUGGUCAAAGACAUGGUGCGGACAGGCCUCCCAAUGAACCUGAUGGGCGUCCUGCUGCUCAGCUUAGCCAUGAACACUUGGGCACAGAGCAUCUUCCAGCUGGGCACCUUCCCGGACUGGGCCGACAUCCACUCAGCCAACAUCACAGCUCUGCCAUCUGCCUUGGCCAACAACACCUUUCGGACCCUUUGAGUCCCGCUCCCGGGACUCUCUUUGGGCUGGGCCCUCCCAGAAGGCUUUUGCCAUCACCUGCUGCUAGGACUCUACGGGACGAUCAAGCAGUUCUUUUCUGUGAUCCAGUAUGCAGGAAGCAAGGGUGACCUCCCGUGGUCCACUUGGGCCCACAGGCUCAUCAUCUAGGACAUCCUCUCCUUCUCUUUCAUGGAGGUCAGGGCCCAGAUAUCUCCCAGAUCUGCUGCCAGGGAAACAAGCUCCUUUGUCUCUGAGCUGUUUUAUGGCUAGGAUGCAAGAGAACCCAAUUUCAUCAAUAGGAAGCUAAUCCAGAAUGGCGUUUGUCUUAAACGGUUGGAGUGGGGGGGGGGGCUAUCAAUUCCUUUGGGCACAGCUAACAUCCCCCAUGGCCUACUUGAGGUUACACUCUGGAGAGAUCAUUGUGCCCUUAGAUAACACCUUCCUCAGAGAGGCUUUUGGGGCUGCAAUGUUCCAGUAUGGUUUUUCCAGCUGUUCACAGCCAGUGUAGGUUUUGCUUGGUUGAUGCCCAUUCUGUGCCCGUUGUUUGAGUAUUACCCCUGCUGAUACCCAGCAGCCAGCGUUAUUUUCAAUCCCUGGAAACAGGGAAGGGAUCGAUGACUUCCUGAGGCCAUGGAGGCUGUGCAAAUCCUCCUUGCUGCUCUUCUGGGUGCUGAGCACACCAGGGGAGUUCUAGAAACUCCAGCCAACAUCUCUACCCGAGCCCUUUAAGAUUUUCCUGUUUAAUCUGAUUUAGUUUGACCAUAAUUCUGGGGUCAGGCCAAGCGCCGGCCCCACUGUCUUACAAGUGACCCAAGGUCCCAACAGCGAGGACUCUCCUACAUGUGGCCCACAGGGGCCUUUGUAGCUGCCAGCUGCUACCUGUUCCAGAAGCCAGUCUUUACCUCCCUACCCAUCCCCACGGGGUAAGCAUGUUUAAUUAGCAAAGGCCACCAUUUUUCAGGAAUGAGGGGAAAAAAAGUCAGAAGAUAAAUUGGGGCCUCAUAAAAGGCCAGGAUAAAAUUUCUCAGGCAGGGAAAAUAUCAUAGCCACCUUCUACAGAGGGGGCCAACUGAGACUUCCCCUGAGCUAGUGGCUGGUAGGGGGCUGUACUAGAAGAUUUGAUCCCUCCCUGUUUUCAGCAGAAGCUUCUGGGCAGCCCCAGUGAACAGCACAGUAUGAGGCCCAGCGGGCACUCCCAGAAGUGCAAUGAACGGCCCAGCAUUAGCCAGGCACCAGAAAAGGUGCCAGCAGGGGGUCCGGAAGCCUCCUGUCCCCCCACCCCCUUCCUACAUCUCUGAGGGAUGAAGUUCCCCAAGCAGCAUGGGCUGGGACGGUGGCACCCAGAGACUGAACUCAUCCUUGGUCCCCGGUACGGCACAAGUGAGUCAUGGAUGCUUCCCUGGGAGCAGCGGGGAAGAGACAGGAGAGGUCCCCGAGAUGGAGGCUGGGCUCCACCUCUUCCCAUGUGACUACCUUAGUAUUCAGUCACAGUUACAGCCCAAGGGGGUUGGGAGCUGUCCUCCUGGAAAACAGGGGACGAAGAAGUCCAUUCACAGAGAAACCUGAGGGACUUGUAACCAGAUGAAUCGUGAUUUCAAAUCCUUCUGAUUGAAAACACUAUGAAAUAAAGAGUGGUAAUCAA